ACUGCUUCCUGUUAGAAAAUGGCGGACAAGUGGGUCGAAAUCGCAAGACAGUGCAAAUAUUUACCAGAAAAUGACUUGAAGAAACUUUGUGACUACUGCUCUGAAUUGUUACUGGAGGAAUCCAAUGUACAGCCAGUGUCCACCCCUGUCACAGUGUGUGGUGACAUUCAUGGACAGUUUUAUGACCUAAAAGAGCUGUUCAGAACCAGUGGGGAGGUUCCAGACACAAACUAUAUAUUUAUGGGUGAUUUUGUAGACAGGGGAUAUUACAGUUUAGAGACCUUCACACUACUUCUUACGCUAAAAGCAAGAUGGCCAGAUAAAAUAACACUCCUACGAGGGAACCAUGAAAGUCGACAGAUUACUCAGGUGUAUGGUUUUUAUGAUGAGUGCCAGACAAAGUAUGGAAAUGCCAAUGCAUGGCGGUACUGUUGCCGAGUAUUUGAUCUGUUAACAAUAGCUGCGAUAAUUGAUGAGACCAUCCUGUGUGUUCACGGAGGUUUGUCACCAGACCUGAAGACAUUGGAUCAGAUCAGAACAAUAGAAAGGAACCAGGAGAUCCCACACAAGGGGGCGUUCUGUGAUCUGGUCUGGUCUGACCCUGAAGAUGUGGAGACGUGGUCCAUCAGCCCCCGGGGUGCAGGAUGGUUGUUUGGAGCUAAGGUGACAUAUGAGUUUGUCCACAUCAAUGGGCUAAGACUUAUCUGUAGGGCUCACCAGUUGGUCCAUGAUGGGUACAAAUUCAUGUUUGAUGAGAAGUUGGUAACAGUUUGGUCAGCCCCUAACUACUGCUACCGCUGUGGCAAUGUGGCUGCUACGCUGUCCUUCUCAGACGCAGAGACAAAAGAAGGUAAAAUAUUUCACGCAGUGCCUGACAGUGAACGUGUUAUUCCUCCACGCACAACUACGCCGUAUUUCUUGUGAUUUAUAUCAUCUGUAUUAUGUACAGUAUCUGAUGUAUUUAUGGACAAUGCCGUUAUAACAUUUAAGUCUUGAGAAGAUGAAAAAAAAAAACUGUUCCGCUUAAAAGUUUUCGAAAAGAACGUUUUCUAUAAAGAUUCUUGGCAUAGCCUGUAUCCUAACGGUAGAGAUCAAAAUUGAGAAGAGGACAGCAAAGUUUUAUCAGUGAACUUACUUUCUGACCAUACAUGUAAAAUUCAUUGGUGCAAAGGAUUUAACGCCAUUCUCUUUCUACCUGCUCCCUGGAAUCCACAUUAUUCUCUCUGUUGCAGUUUCAAUGUGAGCAAAAAGAGGCUAUUGUAUAAUAGGUUUAUUACCAGUAGACUGAAACUAACAGUGGUAUUGUACAGUAAUGUAAGGUCAAUCCCAUUCUAAUUUUGACACAGUGUCGUGUCACUUCAAGAUGUGCUGAUGAAUUAUACAAAAAUGAUCAUCUUUGGAUAUUUGCAACAGUUAUACAAAUGGACAAUUUUAAAAAGUUACAAAUCUCACAGAGAAGCUUACUAAAUGGUGCGUUCUCUGAGUUCGCCUUGUGCGUGUAAAUUUUUCUUAGAUUUUUACUAAAGAAUUUUGCCUAAGAAGAGGAGGGUCUUUAAAAAGGUGCGGGUUUUUUCACAUCUGAAUCAUGAGAAGCGUCCAAAAUAAUCAGGAUCCCAAUAUUCUCAAAAUUUCUGAUUUUAUCAGUAUAAUAUUUUAGAAAAUUGUAAAGAUAUUUUGUAAAUAAAACA